AUGGCUUUAUUUAGCCGUAAAAUAUACCUAUUGGGUGCCUUUCUGGUGUUAGUGAAUGCAUUGAGUGUGGUGCACGCUGAGGAGCCAAAGGAUAAGGAUGGGGACGACGAGGCGACUGUGGAGACUGUGGAAGAAGAAAACCUAUACCAGAGCCCUAAAAUAAGCCCCGAAAAAGUGUAUUUAGCUGAACAUUUUGAUGAUGCGGCUGCCUUCAAAAAGAAGUGGGUGAAGUCUGAAGCAAAGAAACAGGGUGUUGAUGAUAAUAUCGCCAAGUAUGACGGCAAAUGGGAGAUUCAACAACCAAGCAGAAAGAUCUUCAAAGAUGACUUGGGUCUGGUGUUGACAACUGAAGCAAAGCAUGCAGCCAUAGCAACUCUAUUGGAGCGGCCAUUUGAAUUCAAGAACAAACCUUUCAUUGUCCAGUAUGAAGUUACUAUGCAGGAAGGCCAAAACUGCGGUGGUGCGUACAUCAAGCUCUUAUCCCGCGGCACCAACACUCGGGCUGACCUCCGCAAGUUCUACGACCAGACUCCUUACACCAUCAUGUUUGGCCCAGACAAAUGCGGCAACGACAACAAACUGCACUUCAUCUUCAGACAUCAGAACCCCAAGACUGGUGCCUAUGAAGAGAAGCAUAGCAAGAAGCCUACUCAACGUCUGGACGAAAUAUACAAGGACAAGGAACCUCACCUCUACACGCUCAUUGUCCGACCAGACAACUCGUUCAGCAUUCUCAUUGACAACAAGGAGGUCAACGCUGGAUCUCUAUUAGAAGACUUCGCGCCGCCCGUCAACCCACCAGAAGAAAUUAACGACCCUAAUGAUAAGAAACCCGAGGAUUGGGAUGAGAGGGAAAAGAUUGUUGACCCAACUGCGAAGAAGCCAGAGGACUGGGACGAGGAUGCGCCGGCGCAGAUCAUUGACCCCAACGCUCUCAAACCCGAUGGCUGGCUCGACGAUGAACCUGAGAUGAUUCCUGACCCUGAUGCUAAGAAGCCCGAGGAUUGGGACGAGGAUAUGGACGGUGAAUGGGAGGCUCCUCUCAUUGACAACCCAGUGUGUAGCUCCGCUCCUGGAUGCGGCAAGUGGAGCCCUCCUACCAUUCCCAACCCCAACUACAAGGGUAUCUGGCGCGCUCCCCUGAUCACGAACCCUGACUACAAAGGCAAGUGGAAACCACGUCGCAUUCCUAACCCGGACUACUUUAAGGACGAAACGCCAUUCCGUAUGACGCCUAUUCAUGCCGUCGGCUUCGAGCUAUGGUCGAUGUCUCCAAUGCUUCUGUUCGACAAUCUGAUCAUUACGGACGACCUGGCCGUUGCUGAAGAAUGGGCUCAGAACACCUUCGCACUUAAACGUGCUAAGAUCUCCAGGGAUUCGGACUCUGUGUUCGACCGCGCGAUGAGGUUCGCCGGCGACAAUCCUUGGGUAUAUGCCUUACUCAUUGUUGUCACCUUCUUGGUCGUCGGGCUUGUGGCCUACGCCUGCUUCGGAUCUAAGUCGGAUUCUGACGCCGACAUGAAGAAGACGGACGCGGUGGUUGAGGAUGAUCCUCACCUGUCAGAGGGUGAAGCUGAAGCUGAGGAGGAACUCAAGGAGGAAGCUGAGAGGCCCAGCAAGGCCGACCUUGAGGGGCCAGAGGUUGAUAACGAUGAUGCUGAAGUUAUCACUACUACUGAAGAAGUAGCUGACACUACACCAUUAGUGGACACAGAGGGCGCCGGUGACGGACAAAGGAAACGCAAGGCUCGUCGGGAGUAA